CUCGUCUCGUCUCUGGCCUAUAUAUCGCACCAGGUGUUUCGCCGUCUUGCUGUGCGGUGGACGCGUGCAAACCAGCUACACUUUUACGCUAUAACCAGCUCACUUUUACCAGCUAAGGCACGGCGGCACACGAGAUGGACGCGGACGCGGCCACCGCCCUGCGGAAGCGGCAGCUCACUGUCCGCACGACGUGCGGCAACGGGAAUGGGUUCCGGGUCGGGGACGGCGGCGGCGGCAAGGCGGCGGUGACGCCGGCGGAGCCCGUCAGCCCGUCGGCGAGGCUGGUGGAGGACUUCUACAUCGUCGUGGUGAUCGGCAUCGCCACGCCCGUGAACGACCCCGUCGCCCGCGCCGGCAUCGCCGCCCAGCUCGCGCGCUACCCACGCUUCCGCAGCAUCCAGGUGACGGAUGAGGACGGCGGCAACCCGCGGUGGGUGCGGACGACGGUGAACCUGGACGACCACAUCAUCUACCCGAGGCUGGACAUGGACGCCGUGGCGGCGGACCCGGACAAGGUGGUGGAGGACUACGUGGCGUCGCUGUCCACCAAGCCCAUGGACGAGUCCCGGCCGCUGUGGGAGUUCCACGUGCUGGACUUCCCGACGUCGGAGGCGGCGGCCACCACGGCCAUCCGCGUGCACCACUCCCUCGGCGACGGCAUGUCGCUGCUCACGCUCCUCAUGGCGUGCACGCGCAGCGCCGCGGACCCGAAGAGGCUCCCGACCAUGCCGCCGCUGCCGACGCGCGCGGGCGCGAUCUACUCCAGGCCCAGGCCGCCGGCGUCGGCGGGCGCGCUGGCGUUCGCCGCGUGGGUCUGGUCGUUCGUCGUGCUCGCGUGGCACACCGUGGUGGACGUCGCGAGCUUCUUCGCGACGACCAUGUUCCUGAAGGACCCGCACACGCUGUUCAAGAGGGUGAAACACGGCGAGUUCCAGCGGAAGCGCAUCGUGCACCGGGGACUUAGCCUUGACGACGUCAAGUUUGUCAAGAACGCCAUGAACUGCACGGUCAAUGAUGUCCUGGUGGGGAUCACGUACUCUGCUCUGUCGCGAUAUUACUACCGGAAGUCAGGUGACACGGACACUGACAAGGAUAUGCGUUUGAGAUCGAUUCUCCUUGUCAAUUUGAGGCCAACCACAAGCCUACAUGCAUACGUAGAUAUGAUCAAUUCUGGCAGAGAAGAUGAGGUGAAAUGGGGAAAUGCGCUAGGUUUCAUAAUCCUCCCAUUCUUCAUAGGCAUGCACAGUGAUCCACUGGACUACGUUCGCAAGGCAAAGAAGGUCGUUGAUAGGAAGAAGAGUUCAUUGGAAGUGGUAUUCACACAUUUAUCUGCAGAAGUUAUCCUAAAACUUUUUGGACUCAAGGCAGCUGCUGCUAUCUUCCAUCGUAUGAUCUCCCAUACUACCAUAUCAUUCUCCAACAUGAUUGGCCCAGUUGAACAGGUGGAGUUUUGUGGGCAUCCAGUUGUCUUCAUUGCGCCUAGCGGCUAUGGACCUCCAGAAGCCUUAACAGUGAAUUAUCAAAGUUACGUUAACACCAUGAUGGUAAAUCUUGCGGUGGACGAGGCACAGUUUCCAGAUUGUCAUGAGCUUUUGGAUGAUUUCUCCGAAUCCCUCAGGCAGAUAAAGGAUGCAGCUUUGAGCCUUGGAAAGAAUCACAUGAAGGCUUAACUAUUGCACACAUGCAUAUGUACUCGUAAGAAUGAUUGUACCGUUCAAUACUAGUGGUAUUUAUUUGUAUGCACUGCAGCUACUAAACCUAGAAAGUCAAAUGACUGGAUGAAAACCAUCAGACGUUUUAGGAUCCGAAGUUUCCAGGGUGAACAAGCUCUGGCUUUUGGCUCAAUAUUCUCUGAAAAAUUAAGAAUAAAUGAUGGUCUGGUGUGCUUUACUUUUCUUACCA